GUAAAGAGGUGCUUGGUUAGUCUGUUGAUGUGCAAAAAGAGUCACAAGACACUACAGUAAUUUGGUGUGUGUCGCUGUUUUCAUGACUUGUAUCGCCUGUCGUGUUCACCCUUGUGUUCCUCCUAAGAGUACUUACGGUCGACACAUGAAGCUAUUCCUCGUCUCUGUGUACUUCUGCUGAAGAAUAAACGGUGGCUUUUACAGAUGUUAUUCCUCAGCCUGGUGACUCUCGACAGACAGGCCGCCGCCAUGUUUUCCUACUCAGAAAUAUGUCCAGUCGCUGCCUAGGGGCUGUUGGAUGUAUGAUUAGUAUUAGCUGCAACGGGUGGAGCGACUGCGAGUUUACCGAAGGGAGGCGCCGGUGACUAAAUCGAACUCACAGUCUACUGACGUCAUUUGCGCGGUCCUGUUGGUAAUGGUUGCUUGUUUGGUGUUGAACCACAGUCUUCUUCGGUGCUUCCUUCCCCAUUGACGGACCGCAACAUCUCAAAUCUGGUAAGCUUAUUGGCAAAGCCACCUUGACACUUGCACAAAUUUUCACCUGCGCGCUAGCACUAGCUUGAACUUUCAUAAACGAUACGGGUGGUGUGUAUCAAAGCGUGUCUUGUGUGUUGUCACGUAUUGGUUGCGUAGUUAUGACACGAUGAGCUCCCCCACAGUUUGCGCACGGCACAGACACUAUGCGCGCCACACGAGCUCGACAUUCAUUGGGAACGCAUACUUCACGCAUCGUUGGCGUACCAAUCAGCGACGCCCGAGCACUCGGCAAUGCGUAAAUGUGUGCCUAGUGCGGCCAUUUCCCAAGUCGUCAGCGAACAAUACUGCUAUAAGAUGUCGAGGAGAGCAAGGCCAGAAGUGCCUGAACUUAAAGAAGAGCCCAGCCAAGAAAUCGAGACAGAAGCAGAGUGGGAAGUUGCAGAGAGCUAUAUUCCUCCCCUAUCCCCAUCCACAAGCGAGGAUGUCCCAACACAUAAAGAUCCCCACAGACAACAGAAAAAAAGAAUCAGAGUCAGCAAGAAAGAAAUACCGGACUACAAAUGGACUGAGGAGGGAAGCAAGAAGCUGGCCGGAUUCGUUAAGCAGCACCCCCAGCUGUUCGACAAGAGGCAGAAGGAUUGGCUUAAUGUGACUGCAAAGACCCAAUUAUGGGCAAUAGCUGGGGAAGAACAGGACCCUCCUGCUACUGAUGCCCAGUGCAAGAAGCACUACGAAAACAUGCGCACCAGGGUGGGGAAGAUCCUCAAGAGAGAAAAAAGUGGAUCAAGGCCAGCAGACAGAAGUGUGAGGGAUGAAGAAAUAAUGGACACCUGGACGUUUCUCAUCCAACACAUAGUUCGGGGAAACACCCAACCCAAUGAGGAGUUUUCUCUUCCAAGGUUGGCAAUGGCAAGUGAGGAGGAAGAUGACGACUUGUCAUCGACUGGUGGCGAAGUGGUACCCGUUUGCUGGAAGAGGAGGAGGAGGACGAUAUUCUCCAAAGCAGAAGCCGUGCGCCAAACCCCCGCUCUCUCUGGGCACAGCAGGAUAGUGCAUGACUUCGCCUGUCUCCUGGAAGGACACAUGCUUACCAUCCCGGAGAACUCCUGGCACAACUUCCAGAUCGAGUGCCUGAACUUAGUUCAAAAGUUCAAGCAGCCGCAGCCCCCAGAGCCACAGCAGCAAGUUUCAUCUUUCUACUCUCUCUCCUUUGGCCGACUCUUUUGGCAUUAUCUCCGGGUCUUCAGCAAGUAGUCCUCGUACUGAAGCUGCAGCUUCUUUUCGGCAAUGAGCUUCUUUGGAGUUCAACAUGCAGACAAUGCAGACCCACGCGGGAACGAUGCACAUCAUGCGUACCUUCGUACACCACACGUAACUUAGUUGUAAAUAAGUCACGGGGUAUUGCGGUCGUAACGUAUGCACAACUCAUCUUUAGCGCUUUAGGGCGUACCAUCCACCACGGCGAAUUUUGUGAUCAUUCAUUCAUUCAUUUUCUACCGCGUAUCCUCAUGAGGGUCAUGGGGGUGCUGGAGCCUAUGUGGAGGCAAAAUUGGUCCAUGUGUCGAGGUGGCUUAAGUCUUCUUCUUUGUUCCCUGUGUCUUGUUGUGGCCUCCUAUCAAGCAGAAGCAUGUUUUCCUGAUCUGAUGCCAAGGGGUUGUGGAGAGAUUGUCAUGUUUUGGCAAAGUAACAGCAGUAUUGCUAUUAAAGCUGGUAUGCUUCAUUGUUUAUGAAGUAUGCAGGUAAUGUAUCCGGUCAAUCAAAACUUGGGUGUUAAAGGGGAUUAUGCUCAUUUCCAUCUCUUUGUAUUGAGUUGUGGACUCCUAUAGAGCAGCUACACACGUUAACCAGCACAGAAAGCUUUCUAGAUCUUCCAGAAUCUGCACCUAUUCCAGAUGUAUUUUCUUGGACUUCCAAAAUGGUCUGUUUGAAUUUCUUCCACCCACGGCCCAGGCACACUCACUCCGCUGUGAUUGCUCACACUCCCAAGCGCUCCCAAAGACACCAUUACUACACCAUUCUCUGUUUCUUUUCUAGAAAGGUGAUGCCUCCAAAGAAAAAAGCCAGAGGGCGUAAAAGAACAGUCAAUUCCGGUGAGGAUGCUGAAAAUGUUGAAGACUCUCCUCCCAAGACGACAGUCGACCACAAGAGGAAGACUUCUGCGGGGUCUUCCAGUGAGAAAGUUGCUGAGCAGCCCUGUCACUGGCUAAUGAAGUCUGAACCUGAGAGUCGCUUUGAGAAUGGCAUUGACGUCAAGUUUGGGAUUGAGGAUCUGAAGGCUUUGCCGGAUCAGACCGGCUGCUGGGACGGCGUCCGCAACUAUCAGGCACGCAACUUCAUGCGUCAGAUGAAAGCGGGACAGUUGGCUUUCUUUUAUCACAGCAACUGCAAAGAGCCUGGCAUAGCAGGAAUCAUGAAAAUAGUCAAGGAAUCUUACGUGGACCACACUCAGUUUGACAAGACAGAUGUUCAUUUCGACGCCGGCAGCAAGCCAGACAACCCAAAGUGGAGCAUGGUUGAUGUGCAGUACCAAAGAAUGAUGAAGCGUUUCCUUCCUCUGGCCGAGCUCAAAAAGUACCACCUGAUGCACCGUGCCAAAGGGGGGCCUCUGAAGGACAUGACGCUCUUCACAGGGGCUAGAUUGUCAGUCCAGCCUCUUACCACUGAUGAAUUUGACUUUGUUCUGAGUUUGGAGGACCAAGAACCGCUGUGACGAUUUGGACCACACUUUAAUGGAUAUUAUUUGUUUAGUCAUUUCAACUGUUUGAAAGAAACAUUGCAAUACAA